AAGACCCUGACAUGUCCCACCCCAGCGGCCUCUACGUGCUGCCCAUCAAGCCAGCAAAGAAGCAGGAGAACUACAUCUACACCUGGAAGAAGGAUGACAAGGGGGUCAUUCAGGACUACAUGAAGGUACCAUAUGACAAGCCCGAGCGCGCUGCGGACUACUACACCCAGCGUACUCCCAAUGGCUGCUGGGACCACUGGGGCAAGAGCGGCGAGGGCGAGGAAGUUUGAGCUAGGCAACUAAGAUGUGUACAUUGGUGUAGAUCAUCUUUUUGAAAGACCGGUGAUCAGUUGCAUUCUUUGCGCACUUAGAUGCUCAAAGCAUUUGCGAAGGAGUAGCUGGCUACAUGACGGUUGCAACAAGAGCUUGCGGUCAAAAUAGGAGUCAUGAUGAAUGCUCUUUGUGAUGUCUCAGGCUGUGUUUUCUGAUACACGACAAGCUCCAACUCCCCAAAUUUGCGAGUCGUGUUUUGCUGUUCACAUGUAGUUCAGUAGAAGUCAAUCAUGUGCUUUGAAGCUUUGAACUGUUUAAGCAAGACUCUGUCUCUUUCUUUGCAAGCUUAAUCAGACAUGAAUCAUGCUGAAUCUCUUUCAAGUUUUAUGCUCAAGGGUUCCCCACGUACUGCCUUUGUUGUGAAGAUGGGCCGCCGAGUGGGACCUGCUGCCCUGGUGUUGGGCGCCCUGGCAUGCCUGUUCUGGGGCCCCAGCUUCACAGGAACUGUGGCGAAGAGGCCGGAAAGCGCAGUGGUGAGGAUGGCUGCUUCCAAGUGGGUGAACGAGAAAGACCCUGACAUGUCCCACCCCAGCGGCCUCUACGUGCUGCCCAUCAAGCCAGCAAAGAAGCAGGAGAACUACAUCUACACCUGGAAGAAGGAUGACAAGGGGGUCAUUCAGGACUACAUGAAGGUACCAUAUGACAAGCCCGAGCGUGCUGCGGACUACUACACCCAGCGUACUCCCAAUGGCUGCUGGGACCACUGGGGCAAGAGCGGCGAGGGCGAGGAAGUUUGAGGGUGAGUCUGAGGUCAGUGAAUGGUUGUGAACGCCUGGAGCAAAGUUCAGCUAACAGAGGCUGAUCUUUUUAACUGAACCCAGUUGAAGCUGUGCAAAAA